CACUUAUUUCUUUACAAGCGGAUGGCACUUUUGGACUAACAACAAGGCCAAUAAUCUGACUUAUAAAGAAGGACAAACAUAUUCUAAUCUCCCAUUAGACGAAGAGGACGAUACGGCAGAUACAAGAUUAACACCAUAUUGCGUUUACGGAACAUAUAACUAUACUGAAAAUAAAUUUGGAUGGAUUCCGGUUAAUUGCAAUAAUAUAAGCUAUCAGUGGAACAGUUUGUGUUUUUUGUGUGUUCCUUUUUACACAGUGAAUACAGAUGCUGUUAUGUAUACACAAGAAGUCACAUGGCCGACAGCACGAAGAAUAUGUGAGGAUGCAGAAGGAACUUUGUCUGGAUUUGAGACAGUUGUCUUUAAGACAUAUUUUGAGAGCAUAUGGACAGGUAUAUCAAAGUUCUGGACAGGUUAUCAUUCAGAAAAGUAUGUGAGGGAAUUAAGAUCCAAGCCAUUUCCCGCCGAUAUCAAAAGAGAAAAGACUUUCUGUGUAUAUGCUGUUUAUAAAGACCGUAAAUUACAGUGGUCUACAGAAUCAUGCGACGCCAGACAUAGUUUUCUUUGCUUCCAUAAGAGAAAUGGAACUAUUCAAAAGCACACAAAUCAAGUUAUUAUACAUGCAUCAGUCCUGAAAUAUGUGGAACAAAUACAUAGGGUUUGUGAUUGCAGAGAUGAACUAAACAAAUUAGGGCAGAGAGGAUAUUUCGUUGGAGGGUAUGAAUACAACUUCGAAAAUGCCACCUGUCGCAUUUUAGAGUACAUAAGCUUGAUCAAUGAUGCCAAUAACAAAUUUCUACCCUCUAAUUCAACAAAUACGUAUUUGUUUACUUCAUCUAAAUUGUCAGUAGAAAAUAAUGAAUCGUUUAAUGGCAUAGAAUUCGUCACUGGAAUUCAAGAUAUGCAGUUUGAACCAACAGCUGAAGGAGUUUGCAUGACAACUGUUUUUGUAAUAAUUGGAGCGGUAGCCAGUGGAAUAAUUGUUGCUUAUUUCUUUAAAGUCAUAUUACACAGAUCAUAUACGGAAACAUAUUUUACAAAAAAGAAAUCAAUGGAGGAGUUACAAGAACUGGAUGUAUUUGAAUGCUCAACUGAACAACCAGAUUUGAAUGAAAAAGGAGUUGUCGAAUAUACAAGAAACAUUCCUCCAAUUUCUGUCAGCCUACCUUAUGAGAAAAAUCAUUUCAGUUUUAUAUAA